AUGAGCCAACACCAGUGGAUCCAAAUGUAUGGUCGUGAUUUUGGCCAAAUUAUUCGAGCCUCCCCACAGCGGAAUGUCGAGACAGUGAAAUUCGCGAUAGCCAAGGAACCAAGCAAAUGGCGUAGGAUUCGGGCCGGAUUGCGGGAUUUACUGGUUGAAUUCUGCUCCAACAGUACCAUUCACGGAAUAAGCUAUAUCGGAUCUCGGCAGCGUUCGAUGUGCGAAAAGUUCUGGUGGGUGUUUGUGUUUCUGUUGUCGUUAUUUGGCUGCGGAAAGCUGAUCGAUAACAUUUACCGCAAAUGGGAGGAGAAUCCUGUGAUCAUUACAUUCGAUGAAGAGACCACUCCGGUAUGGCAGAUCCCAUUCCCGGCCGUUACCGUAUGUCCGGAAGCUAAAAUCAAGCGGGACUAUUUGAACUUCACUGACUCGUUCCUGAAAUUCGCUCAUAGAUCAUCGUCGAAUCUGACAGAUGUUGAACGGCAGUAUCUUCUGUCAACACUACAGAUAUGUGAUGAGUGGUUCCACACUUGGCCAACUUACCACCAUAUAUAUGAUAAAUACUUUUUGAAGGACAACAUUGUGCACAUUCUGAAGCGUAUUUCGUUUCUUGCUGACGACACUAUCUACUACUGCGAAUUGAAUGAUAUCUUAUGCAAAGAGAUGUUCACUGAAACCGUCACCGAAGAAGGCAUCUGCAUGACAUUCAACGGAUUCUCUUCCCGCGAUAUGUUUUGGGAGGAUUCCUUGCACAAAGACUACAACUAUCUGGCGGAAACAGGACCCGCAAUUAGCUGGAGCCUCGAAGAUGGCUACCACCCGGACGCGGACCUCAAUUCGUACCCCAUCCGAGUGCACGGAUCCGGAUUCCGAGCGGGAAUCUACGUUCAUCUGAUGACCACCAACCGAGAUCUAGACUAUCACUGUCGCGAGAGUCAAGGUUUCAAGGUAUCACUGCACGCACCCAGCGAGUAUCCGCAAGUGUCAUCGAAGUUUAUCCGCGUUACCUUGGGUCGAGACGUGACGAUUGCCGUAAAGCCACAGAUCGUCGGAACGGAUCCCCAAUUGUUUGGGUAUAAGCCGGAGCGGCGACAGUGUUACUUCAAUAACGAGCGACAGCUUAAAUUUUAUCGCGUUUACACUCAAGCCAACUGUGAACUGGAAUGUCUCACGAAUUUCACGCUCCAGAAAUGUGGCUGCGUACGAUUUUCUAUGCCACGAUCCGCGCAAACGCGAACCUGCGAAACUUCCGAGCUGUACUGCACACUGGAAGCUCAGAAGCAGUUGCUGGAGCAGAACGCUGAUAACUACAUCCGUCGUAAGGCCGGUGCUGGGACUGCUUGUAAAUGCUUGCCAUCGUGCAAUUCGAUUCAAUAUGAUGCCGAAAUAACGCAAACGAUUUUCAAUUUCAAGGAAACUCUCCGUCUGAGGCUGGGUCCCAUCGGUGUACCCUAUGAGGAUAUGAUUAAGAGCAAGCAAAUUUCCAAAUUGGAAAUCUACUUCAAAGAUGCUCAGUUUAUCACAUCCAAGCGGACGGAGCUAUACGGAACAACAGAUUUCAUCGCCAGCUGCGGAGGAAUUCUCGGACUGUGUAUGGGCGUGAGUUUGCUCAGUUUGGUGGAAUUGCUGUAUUUCUGCUCGAUACGGCCACUGAUGCUGAUGAAACGGACUAUGGAGAGGAAGUGUGCCAUCGUCGAGGUUAAAACCAUAAGAAUGUGUUGA